UAUUGAUUGAGUUCAACUCAGUUAGCAAUGGUGACCACGACGGGUUGUCUGAUCGCCCUGGUGCUCUUGUUCGGGGCCUCGAAUGCCUAUCCUCCAACAUUCGAGGAGAGGAACGAAAAUGCGGAGUUCUACGACGAGGUCAGACAGUUGAUGAGCCUCAAUGCGGAACUGCGGCAGCCUGAGGUCCAAGCAGAUGAAUCUCUUCAGGAGGAAAUCUCAAAUAAGCCUGAUACACCAAGGGCAGUGAAAAACUGGCCCCAAGAAUCUUUAAAAUUAGGUCAAGUAUCUGGAGUUUCCGUUAAUUCAGCAUUACAACCUGUAAUCUUCCACAGAGCUGAUCGAGUAUGGGACAUGACUACCUUCAAUUCCACAUUCCAUUACCAAUACGCUUACUUGGGGCCAAUAAAGGACCACACAGUUUUGACGCUGGACCCACAAACUGGAAAAGUUUUGGGAAGAUGGGGUGCAGACCUCUUUUACAUGCCCCACGGACUGACAAUCGAUAGACACGACAAUCUUUGGAUUACUGACGUCGCAUUGCACCAAGCAUUUAAGUUCAAACCUGGAGAAUUGCAACCUACAUUGAUAUUCGGGGAAAGAUUUACAGCUGGAAACGACGACAAACAUUUGUGUCAACCGACGUCCGUUGCGGUCGCUACAACUGGAGAAAUCUUCAUUGCAGAUGGAUAUUGUAACAGCAGAAUUUUGAAGUACAACGCCGCAGGAGUGUUGCUUCGCGUUAUACCACGUCCACCAGAGUUCUUAUCUCUACAAGUUCCACACGCUUUGGCUCUCAUAGAGCCCUUGGAUAGACUGUGCGUUGCCGAUAGGGAAAACAUGAGAGUUGUGUGCCCCAGGGCUGGAUUGUACACAGUCCAGGGCAAAAAAGAGCCAGCUCUAACCAUACAACAACCUGAUAUGGGACGUGUAUUUGGCGUCGCCGCUAAAGGAAAUUUAAUUUACGCUGUCAAUGGUCCAACCAACAAUGUGUUGCCUGUUCAAGGAUUAACUAUUGAUCCCCAGUCCGAAUCAGUAAUUGAUCACUGGGCUCCUGAAGAGGGAUUCGGUAAUCCGCAUGCUAUUGCUGUCUGCCCUAACGGUUCAGCGUUGUACGUUGCGGAGAUCGCUCCGAAUAGGAUUUGGAAGUUUGAGUUGGUACCGCCAAAGAAGAAAUAAAAAUAUUAUCAAACACAACUUAUCAAGUUUUGUAUAAGCUAGCCGAAAUAGAAUACAUAUAUAGAUUAUAGAUAGAAAUAGAUGAAAUGUAACAAAAUUUAACUCAUGUAAAAUAUGUUUUUUGACAAUAAGAUAUCUUUGUCUUUAUAUCGAAAGAUUUUACAUUGUGUAAAUAAGAUUGAUAUUAAGAUUUUUCAUAUGACUUGGCUGUACUUAAAAUAUCAAAACAAAUUUUGGAAAUUUAGGAAAAAAUCGACGAAGAAAGAUUCAAUUUUAUUUUACUUAUGUAAAUAAACUCUGGAUUAAAAUAAGUUAAGUUUCAUAGAUUUUAUAAUUUAUGUAUAUAAUAGGUCUUUUUAAGUUAAUUUUACAACUGUUCAAAUACAAAUAAAAAUAGUAAAAAGUAAAAUUGUA